AAACCUGGUGUUGAGACGGGACGUUUUCACUGACAAUAACUUAAAGGACAUUAUGGACGUCAUAGACCCCAUCAUGAGUCUCGCCUCAGAGAUCUACGAUCUGGUUGAGAGGGUGAAGGCAAAUAAGAAGCGCUGCCAUCGUCUUGGUACCCGGGUCAAAGGCCUGGAGCGGGUGGUGAAGUCCAUCAGAGAAAGGAAAGAAAUCCCUAAAAAUGUUAAAGUGGGCCUGAAAGACCUCAGAACCACUCUGAAAUCAGCAAGAAGUAUUGUCACUAAAUACACCACAAGCAGCUGGAUUAAGCUCGUCCUGAAGUCUGGCAGCUACGCUGAGGAGUUUGACUAUGUGAACACCGGUCUCAAUGAUGCCUUCCAGGUACUGUCUGGAAAUCUGCAGGUGCAGCUGUGGGAAGAGGUGUCCCACUUGUUCAAAGAGUCCGACAGAGAGAAAGAAGACGAGGUGGACGGGAGGGAGGAUGACAACGAGCUGCAGACAUUGCUCAUGGCGUUCCAGAAGGAGCAGCAGGAGAAAUUAGAUGCCAUGCAUAAAGAUGUUCAAUCCAUGACAGAAAACAUAUUACAGGUCUUGUUUAUCUUGAAAAAGCCGAGCAUCACUGAUGAAGCCAUCCGAAUGAUCAAAGAAGACGAGCUGGACUACGAUGAACCAAAAGAGCCUUUCAUGAAUACAGCAAUCUCAGAGGUCUACAAAGGAAUGUACCGUGGAUUCCCAGUGGCCAUUAAGAGAUACAUUGACGCUGCAACCAGCCCAAGCGAGGUGCGUCGCAUUUUCCACCAGGAGGUUGAACACAUGAAGCAGUUUGAGUCACCCAACAUCCUGCGAAUGUUUGGCAUGUGUGUCAAAGACGAGAAAGGACCCAACCCUGAGUUCUUAAUCAUCAUGGAGUACUGUGAGCACGGAAGUCUCCGUCAGUUUCUGGACUCUGAUCACACUGUGUCCUGGCACAUGAAGGCUCGAAUGUGUCGGGAUGCAGCGCGAGGACUCUAUCGACUGCACCAAUCUGAAGCCAAAACUAAGGUUCAUGGAUCCAUCAGCAGCAGCAAGUUCCUGGUGGCUGAAGGCUACACCGUCAAGCUGGGAGGCUUUGAGCUGACGCAAACUGAGACAUCGAUAAGAAAGAAAACAAGGGACCAAAGCACCGAGUCUGUGUGCUACGACUCUCCUCAGCUGCUCCACAGCCUCGAAAACAAAAAAGACAAAAAGUCAGAGAUUUACAGCUUUGGAAUCGUCAUGUGGGAAAUUGCAACUAGACAGAAGCCCUUCAAAGAUUUGUCAGAUAAGGAAAUCCUUCAGAAAGUGCUCAACGAGAAAUUUAUGGAGGAGCUCCCCGACGACUGUCCCGAAGGACUGAAGAGUCUGAUCGACUCCUGUCGCAACUUUGAUGAGUUCAAGAGACCCUCUGUUAGAGGGCUGGUGGAUAAACUGCAAAUCUUGGUGACACAGCUGGAUGUUGAAGCUGUUUCUCCGUCUGCCUCAGCAUGAGCAGUACUCAGGGUUUUCUUCUCAUGGUCAUCCUCAGAAAUAGAAAUACUUAUGUUAUGUUAUCAAAGUGGCCUGUAACUGACUUAAAACUCUAAACUCUUUAAUUCAACCUUCUAUAUGCAUGGGCUUACAAAUAUGGUGGUUUGUUUGAGCAGCAUUGUAAUUUUGCAUGUUUUUUUAUGUAUUAACCUUAUAUUUUGAUCAGCAACAAAUAUUUUUAUGCAUCACAGUUACAUCUUAUUCCCCUGUCAUUCUUUAAUUUGGAAUUCAAGUAUUUCCACAUAUCCAAUUUAACAUUUUGUUUUGGGGAUGCAAUAGGUAAGCUGAGCCUUUCGGCCAUGGCACUAAAAAGAAAUUAUGAAAUCAAUAUAUGAAUGUACAUUAGCAAGCUAGCUUAUCACACAUUAGGAUAUUCACAAUCACCCCAAUAAUGCAAAUUGACAUGUUUUUAGUUUGAGUUUAAUUUGACCUUUAUGUUAACCAUGACUAUCAAUUCUCUCUGUUUAAUUCAACAUAUGUGCCGUUGCUUAAUGAUGACUAAACCAAGCAUACAAAAUAUUCUUGUCCUCUUUGUACUCUACUUUCAGUGAACCUUUGAAUCAGGGUUUUGUUUUGUUUUUCCAUUUCCAUGCCUUUUUUUUGUUGAUGAAAUAAAAUACUAAGAAGAAA